AUGGAUCUCUUAGUUGUUCAGAAGGUUGCCCAAAAGCGGUAUAUAAGGCGUACCCGACCUCGACGGAUCUAUCAUAAAAUCGUUUAUUUACAACGGAAUGGUAUACAAAGUCAACAGAUCUCAAUGAAUAGAAUAGGAUUUAUGGCUACACAAACUGUUGAGAACAGUUCUAAAUCGGCCCCAAGACGAACUACCGUAGGGGGUUUAUUAAAACCAUUGAAUUCAGAAUAUGGUAAAGUAGCUCCGGGGUGGGGAACGACCCCUUUGAUGGGUGUCGCAAUGGCUCUAUUUGCGAUAUUUCUAUCUAUUAUUUUGGAGAUUUAUAAUUCUUCCGUUUUGUUGGAUGGAAUUUCAAUGAAUUAA